AUGGUGGCCCUCGACAAGUAUACGGGGCCGCCGUACUACACAAGAGACGUGGAGCUUCGGGACGGGCAGGGCAGGUUGGUGGUCCCGAUCCUGCGGGUGAGGCAAGACUUCACCCUGAAGAACAAGACGUGCAGCCGCACACAGUCCCCCCUAGUGGUCGCGUACGCUAUCACGGUGCACAAGUCCCAGGGGAUCACGCUGCCCAAGGUGGUGUGCGACAUCUCGGAGCGCGAGUUCGCUUCCGGGUUGUCAUACGUGGCCGUCUCCCGGGCGUGGAGGCUGGAUGGGGUAAUGUUCGACGUACCAUUCGACCGAAGCCGAGUGAACCGGGACCCGCCGACUGCUGCGAUGCAGAGGAAGCUGGCGGACUACGAGAGGCGUUGGAAGGCGGUUGCUAGAGCCGCUAUACCGACCAAGCAACGCGGAAGCGAGCGAUACGGAGAGUUGUGUGUGACUACGAAUUAA